GAGCGGUGGUGGAGGGACUCGCAGGCACAGAGUCCCGAAGUGGAAGGUGCUGUCGCUCCGCAAUGGACGCCAUUGCCUGGGGCGCGUUGCCCGCAUCGAUCUUGCCCUUUUAGCAACUCUCGUCCAAUCGAUCCAGAUACCAACCCAUGCAGUGAGAUUCUAGCUCGCCUCCACAGGACUUGUAUGCGACGCUAUCUCUAUCUGCUGUCCUGGAUCUGUGGCACACUGUCGACUUCCAUAACUCGGGCGAGGAGCGAGACAAUCGCUCGACGUCCAAAUUUGACUACUGUGAAAGCGGUUCCUUAG